UAGGUAUCGAAGUGAAAAGACGUGGGUCUGUCCCAACUGUAGAAUGGACCAAGUCCCUACCGAGAAGCGGUAUCUGGACGCCAGAACAACCGACGGAUUUGUGCCAAGUGCCCACCGGGCAGAAGCCUGGACGGACCUUCUGUUGCUACGGAGGCUGUCAGGCGACUCGCUGUCAGAACUUACUAAAGCUGAGAGGCGGAGAGUCACAGAGCGGGCGCAGGACUAUCGUUGGCAGGGACCGACGUUACAAAAACGAAAAGUCGAUGAUGACGGAGGGUCUAGCUGGUUGACGGUUCCACACCCUCUCGCUAGGUUCGAUUGGACACGAGCCGCUCAUGAAGAGGAUGCGGUCCAUUUCACGGUCAAGUACACGGAAAAAGCCAUAGAAAAGAACGAAUGGUACUGGUCGGGAAUCCGAGAAGAUGUGAAAUACAUCGUUCAAAAUUGUCCGGCCUGCGCGGCGGACAAGGCGCCGGUACAGAUGCCUCGGACGAUGGUGCCCACUCGUGUAGAGCGCCCCUUUCAGAGGGUUAGCAUCGAUACGACGGAUAUCAACGUUCCGAGAGGUCCCGUCGAUCAAGGAGAACUCAAUGUUCUUUUAGUGGCCGUCGAUCAUUUUUCAAAAUGGAUCGAGGCGUACUCUAUGACCAGUCGGAAUUCGCAGGAAGUAGCCUGGUACGUAAAUCGAUUUUUGUGCAUGCAUCUAGACGUAGAAGAGGUACACAUGGACAAUGGGUCGGAAUUUCAAGGCGAACUAGAACGUCACCUAGUCAGGGCGGACGUUAAGAUUAUCUACUCGCCGGGGCAUUGGCCUCAAGCCAAUGGCCUGGUAGAGAAUGCCACCCGACUGAUUAAGACGGCCCUUAGACGGAAUAUCACUGCGGGAGACACCCGACCCUGGCCGGUCAUUAUCAACCACAUUUUGGCCGUUUAUCAGGCUACCCCACACGGUAGUACCGGGGUGUCCCCCUUUCAACUUAGAACCAAUAGUGUCCCUCGGGUGCAAUUGUCCCCCUUAGUAGGUACGAAAGUUAGAGCAACACGGGCCCAGAAUCGAGACAAGGCCCGCCACUACGUGGACUUAAUGGCUAGGGCCUAUCCCCCGUUAGCUCGCCGUCGACAGCAGGUCGUAGAUCGGACACAUCAACGGCAGAUCCAUGACUACGAGAAUCGACACGCGUCGGCGGGACCACUGCCCCGCUACAAAGUUGGGGACUUGGUGCAGGUAUGGAAAUCUGCGCGCUCCUCCAAGAUCCACCCAUGCUACACAGGCAUUUACGAGGUCACGGAAGUUGGCGCACAGGGACAGCACUCCGUGAAGCUGAUUCCCCGUCACAACUCCCAGGCCCGACCGCUGACACGGCACGCUGCCGCACUCCGGCUCUUCCAGCCAUCGCUAGGGAGCAGGAUGAACCAUCGCCAGCCGGAGCAUGAGCCCCUCGAGCACUUCCAGACGCCGCUUGCAGAUCGCUUGUUGCGGCAUUGGUUCAACGAGGAAAGGCAGUUGCGGUACGACAUCCAGCAGGUGAACGUGCCAGCGCCCGGGGUUGCUGAUUUGGCGGCGUACUUGUUGCUUUGCGAUCAGCUGACAUAUGCGGGGGUGUACGUGGACGUGACACAGUUGCCUGGCCGGGAGACGACCCGAAUAUUCAUUGAGUUCCGCGCGCUCCAGGUGGCACCCAACUUCGUGCACAGCGUUGCCACCUUCAUCGGAGACUUGACGAUCCUACCGCAGCCGAAUCGGGAGCCGACGCGCAGCUUUGUGCGCGAAUACGCGGUGGAAGCGGCCAGAUCAGUGGCCAGAUUGCAAGGACGGGGGGGACACCGAUUCACAGCCCACGAAGUGCUGCUGCGUAGGGCAGAGGACGAACCGAUUGCGUUGGUGCCGCAGCUCCCCGCGCUUCUCCCUCCCGCUGCUCCUCUCAACUUCCAAGCUAUUCCCCCUUUCUUCGUGGAUCACGAAGACCACUGCAUCGGGGAGCACUUCGUCGUCUACUACGUCAUCACACGGCCCAAGCCAGCGGAGAAGGAAGGGACGGUGGCGUUGUACCCCUUCGCCCAGCUCCAGAUGAUCGAUCCGGGAUUGCUGGAGCUCAUACACCUUGAGCUCCUCUCCAUUGCGCAAGUGAUCGCGAGCGAGGAGGAGGAGAUCCAACCACGAUUGCGGACGGCGACGGCCCCACAGAGGACGUACAACGUGGUCAUCAUCCCGGAUUUCAUUGCGCAGCGGGCGGAGAGGUUGGAGGACUUCCCGGGUAAAGGCCGUUGCGGCCUCCCUCGUCGUAUCCUCGACCAGCGCCACAAAAGGCCCCUAAGAAGACGCCGAAGAGGAAGAGACGCCACCCGUCGCCAGGAGUGCAAGGUAGCAGGAUCGGCGGCGGCGAGGAAGUGAUUCAGCCUGCGCGUGCGGCGACGUUCGUUAAGGAGAUAGUGGUGCCAUCGCCGCCCUUUCCGCGUGUGCCCGAUCUC